GCAUGGUCCUCCCCUAUACAACCCGAAUGGAAGCUCAAGAAUAUUACUAGUUUAUGAAGUCAGUAAAUGUCUGUUUGUUAUUGUCAUUUAUGUUUAUGUUUAUAACAUAGGUAGCCAUUUAUUAAAUGUAUGUUCAGCAUGCUGCGUAGAAGAACGUAACGCGUUAUCAGACAGUAAGCCGGUUACUGCACGAGCUCACAGUGGACAGUGAAACGACAGCAGAAGAUCCUCAUUGACAUGGAGUUUCCACCAAGCAAGAGGCUGAAGGGCCAUCAGACGUCCGCAGAGCCCGAUCCAUUUGACGACGACAUCGAUUUUACCCAGGACGACCUGACUCAGAUGGACAUCAUCGCGUCUCAGGCCAUCACGGGCGACGGUCAGAACAGCGGCUCGAAGAGAACGUACAGCUCCGUUUUCCCUGUUCCUGAUGAGCAGAGCAAAGCUCCUGCGAGAUCCGGACGGAAAACGUUCUCCCUGGGAGACGGUUGCAGUACUAGCACGUUUGACAGGACCGAAGCUCAAAGAAAAGAUGCAUUUGGCGACGGGCAUUCCAGCAAAGGUGAAGAUCUGCACGUCAAGCAGUUAGCGGAACAGCAGGCCGAACUACAGAGAAAGCUGAAGGAGGUGGAGGAGGAGAUCCUGAUGAAGAACGGGGAGAUCCGGGUCUUGCGGGACUCCCUGAGACUGGCCAAUCAGGAGAAGGACCAGCAGAGGCAGGCGCAGCUGGCCCUGGAGAGAGAGAAAGCUCAGGCUCAGAGCGAACGAGAGAAGGAGCUGACAAAAAAGGUCCAGUCCCUGCAGUCAGAUUUGCACUUUAAAGAAGCCGAAAUGAACGAGAUGAGGGGGAAACUUCAGAGCAGCGAGCGCGGAGGAAGGCUGGCCGGCACACCCGCGAGAAACAAUGUUCAGUCUCCUGCCGGUCGAGCAUUUAUGACCAAAGAAACGUUCUCAGCCCAGCUCGCCAAUAAAACCUCUCCAAUCAAAGGGCAUUUAUUAGAGGAUGGCAAACAAGCACAGUCCAAAAGAUCAUCUGCAGAGGAACCACAUUCAGAGCAAACCAUCAUCUCUGACCUCCAUCAAGAAGGAUGUGUGCUGCUCAAUCUUCUGCUUCAACAACAGUUAGAUCCCAGCACUCUGAGUCUCUGUCACCUGUUGUCGGUCAGACCCGACGCUCUUCCAAACGUCCUAUCACAGAACGGCUACGUUAGUCCGAGUUCGCUGGCAACCUCCAGCUUAUCCUCUGGAGAUCUCCGAGCGUUUCAUCGCCCUCAAACCCUAUUCCACCAGCUUCAGAGUCUCGCCAUGUCCGCUCUGACCGCGCUAGCAGUCCGCCCACCCACCAACCAUGCCGCUCUCCCCUCUGCCCGCCAAACCUGCCCUCCCGCUGUCCACUUCCUCCCCCUGCUCACCUUUCACAUCACCACGUACUGUCAGACGCUGGAAUCCGUAGAGAGCUCGGGAAAAACCUCGCUCCACGGCAGCUCCCUCUCAAGUUCCUCCGACUCCAGUUUAGCCUCCAGUCUCGAGGAAUCUCUCAGCGGCCAGGAAGAACUCACCCUGGCGGCCAUGAACGCACUUUAUCAUGUAGUGUGCUGUAGCUGUGAGGCCUUGGAGAUGGUGUUAUGCCACCUGGAUGGAGAGACUCAAGAACGCAAUGACGUGGACAGACCUCAGGGUUCCAAAAGCCUCUUUAGUAUGUCAGAACAUCCGAGCGGGGAAGUGCAGUCGCAGAUGCCUCUUCUGAAGAGACUCCUGCAGUUGGCAGAUCCUGGGUUCAUUACGGCUGCCGGCCAGAGGGAGGCGGUACUGAGCAGCAGUCUCAGGAUUCUGUGUGCGCUGGCUGAGAGAGCAGAGGACAACCAAUUUAUGAGACUCAAGGUCAUCCUGUCGAGUCAAGCGCUGCUUAAAUGUCUAACUCCGGAGAUGUCGCACAAAACCGUCCGUCUGUCUGUGAGAAUUCUGUCGUUCAUCAUCUGCAACAAUGAGAUGGCCGUUCAGCUCUGCUCACACGAUUAUGCAUGUCCUUUUCUCAGAACGUUCCAGUACGUCACCUCCAGACCAGAUAAAUCUGCCUCGGAGAAUGUGUGGAGCCGCUUGGAGCUCGAGGUUAUACGGUUGUUAACCAAGCUGUUCACACAGAACACAGGAACUUGGGCCGCUCUCUGUCAAUCAUCCUGCCAGUGUAUACAUGAGCUGGUUCGGACGGUAGUGGUGCUGUUACACACUCAAUGGCUGAAAACUAAAGGCAGAGAAAGCCAGACGUCUUGUAAUCGGACCUGGUCGGUUCAUGGAGUUCAGGUGCUGCGAGAAGCUCUCAUGUUUCUCCACUGGCUGCUUCUGAAAGACUCGUCAUUCUCAGAACACUGUCUGGACGUCCUGCACAUGUACGAUCAGGUCAUCCCUGCCAUCAGAGACACGUUCAGACUGAUCCCAGAUCUGACCGAAAGUGAAGAAUUGGCACUAGAAGAGAUCUGUCGCUCUGAGACGGAGGACGUUGAAGACAUGGACACAGAGGCAGGACCGUAACGAUCACAUGCACAAUGACGUCAGAGGUUUUGUAAUGGACGUGGUGAUUGUCCCAUGUGAUAACAUUCUGAUGUUCACUGUAUUGUCUUCUCGUCAGAUUUUGUCUUUUUUUAAGACUUGGACACUAAAAUGAUUGAAUGGCAAACAAUAAAUUCUGAAGAACUCUUGGAAUUUCACGUAUUGUGAAUCGCGAAAGUGUGAACAUACACAUCAGCGAAUAGUAUGAAAUUUUGACACGUCCCUAAUCAUAAUACAUAAAAAAUUGUACGCCAGAGGUGCUUGUUUUACAUGUUAUGAUUUAGGACACACUCAACUUGUGAAUUUACAAUAUCCAUGAGGAUAUGUCAAAAAUAGUACAACAAAGAUGACUGAAUUGCAUUAUGUCCAAUAGUGUUUCCAAGUACUCAACUGUAUUAUUUGUAUCAUUUUGAGCUAAUAUUACCCACAAACCCUGUGGUUUGUGAAAAGUUUGUGAUGUUUAAAUUUUGAUACUGACAAACAAUCUAGUUAAGGCGCAUGAACAAUUUUUAACGUGCCGAACCGAAUGUGUAAUAAACAGAGUUUUAAUUUAA